ACAUCAAGAUCACAGUAGCCCUUGAAGAAUAAGCAGACGGUCGUAGCUGUAAAAAUGUCUUCACGGGGAUCAAAAUCUGCGUCCUCUACCACAAGCACAGAUUCCUACCCAAGUCUUUACAAGUCUUACUCCAGCAAACGAACUUCUAGCAGUUCAUCGUUGGGUACAACUCAUUCUUCCAUCGCUUCAACACAUUCGGCAACUGGUUCGAAAAUCCUCAAUAUCCCACAAAAAGAGACCACUUGUUCAACCGUUCCACCGCGCAUUAGAUGGGAUCGCGAAGCUCCGUCACCCAAUCGUCCCUACGACUCCCGAAAAUAUGACAUCCCUUUCAAACCUCUACAGCCGUACCUCAGUCAACUCGGAGGUCUGGGUGUUCCGCCACGAAAACCAUGCGACAUACCGAAAUCGGAUCCAUUCCACAAGAGGACUCAGGUUGAUGAAAGCUUCCACAAACGCGUCACCGAUGCCUCCAUAUUCAGUAUAACUGAACAACCCAGGUCAAAUGUUUGCUUGGAAGAAAAAUCCCCUGCCAUUGAAUAUGUUGCACUAAGGUCCGUCAAAAGUGUGAUUCUGGCAGACAAUAUCGAUUCCGAUGGAAGCGAUUCGAGUGACACCGAGUUUGAGGAAAACCUGUCCGAGAUGAGCUGGACGGCAUUCCUGCAGCAACCGAAACGGGACGAAGUGCUAAAGCAAUGCAAGCGGUCGUUCUUUCAGGCACGGAAGGAGUUGUUCAAACUUCGUCAGCACGACGAUUAUUUGGAAGAGAAAAAUAGACAACCAGUUGAAGUGGAAUCAUGGGAAAUAUCGUCGGAUAGUACAGUCGAAUUGGAGGAUUCAUCGGAGCUGGAUAUGUUCGAUAAACAGGAAGAAGUUGUGUCAGAAGUUUUCGAAACAAGCGAUGAGUAUAAGCCGACGGAAGUUAUACACGAGGAAUAUAAACUACGUUUCAAAGAACAUGAGCAAACUUACAUGGAGAGCAUGCGGAAACAUAUGUGGAGUCAGUAUGAAAUAGAGGAAGAGCAACAGAAAGAGGAAGAAGCCAAACGACAACAGUCACCAGAGCCAGUAGAAGAGGAGGAAAUUAUAAAAAAUGUACCUAAACAAGAUUAUUUGAAUUUGAAGAAACACGAGUACAGACAGCAGUUAGCUGAUCGUCUAGAGGAGAUAAAUCGUUCGAUUAAAAGGAAGCCGCAGGAACUCCCCCAGACAGCUGUCCAGUUUGAAAAGUAUAACGGUGAAUUGAUGCGGAAGCGUAGGGAGCUGCGAGACGAAGCCAGGGUUGUUGACGAGCACUAUAAGAAGGCCGGGUUGGAGCUGGAUGUACCCGAGAAGGACAUAAAGCUGAGAAAAUUUCGAGCUGCUGAUCAUAAAAGUGAAGCAGAUGAGUCGGAAGAUGAAGACCUAUAUCAGAGUUCGGAAGCAGAGGAGGAACCUGUUGUUCAUACUUGCAUGACGCGGCUAGAAUGGGCACGAUGGAUGGGUCGAUGCACUAAACUGGAGAAGCUAAAAUUACCACAGGUGAGGAUUCCUCGCCUACCGAAGCUAGUACAUAAAUCGGAACAAAGUCCAAUAAAGAUGUACAUAAUUGGGUUACAUAAAGAAGACAAACAGAUAAAAACGGAGGCGAAAAAAGAAUCAUUGGAUGCGAUAGAUUCGAAGAGGGAUAAGACGAAAACUGUCAAGUGGCACCUGAAAGAUAUGUUGUAUGAAAAACCGAAAGAGUAUAGGCUUUCCAAAUUCGUGCCGUACCGUCCUCCGAUUCGACCGUUCCCGGAAUUGGCGAAGGACAGAUUCAAAGUAGGUCAAGCGGUUCGAAGAAGGUGUCGUGAUCGAAGGAAGAAUCACAUGGUGUGGAUUGAUCAGUUGGUUGAAGGAAUUUGUAAUCGAAAUUAUCUGUGAUAUAAUUGAUAAUCCUGUGAAAUAAAU